AUGACCCAGGGCCAUACCCUGUACACCCGCGGCACCGCGUCGUCAUGGAGCCGCCAGUAUUACAUGCCCGCCACUGCUGACCUGGCGGUGCUGACCUGGCGCAAGUGGCUGGACGGGUUUGGGGCGGCGCUGCCUGUGUUGCCGAAGGCGGCCGGGGACGCGCCGCCGCUGCCGCCGAGGGAGGAGGUGUUUGACAGGUACAACCAGCACACGAAGCAUUGCCCGCACUGCCGCGCCACGCUGCACAACACCAACGUCGCGCUCGUCGUGUUUGGGACCCUGGCCGCCGUGGCCGCCGCCUCCGCGAUCAUCGGGGUCGCGGUCCACCUGGGACUGGGUGCGGCCGACACUGCCGGCGGCUACAUCGGGCUGGCAGCAUCCGCGGGCUCCUGGAUUGGCCUGAAGGCCGCGGGCGUGCGGUUUGCCUUAUGGGCGGCGAAGGCGGCGGUGGCGGCGAUGGCGGUGACUGCGGGGCUGUGGAGGUUCCGGAAGCUCUUCAUCUAUGAGGACUACAUUCAUGCGCACCGCUGA